CCUAGCCUAACGUGUGUAUAUCAGUGUAUACUGUAAUAAAAUCUAUAAGCAAGCCUGGAUUGUUUGGAUUCAUUGGGUGAGCGAGAGAGCAGAGACAACAACAGACAGGGGCAGCUGAGCAAUUGCUAAGUAAGCAGCAAUUUAAAACGUGAUUGACAUUUAUCGUAGGAUCCAGCCAAUUGGCUUCAGAUAAACAACUCCGAGCAUGCUCGCAAUCAGCAGGACGAUCUGACGGGAAUUUAUUAUAAAUGUAAUAAAUGGCGGAGACAAAACGAAUGCAGCAUUCUAUGAAACAUAACCCGGUGCAAGAAGCGGAUGUAGCACAGGAGGAGGAAGAAAAGAAGCAUGUGAAUUUGGAAGUUCUUGAGGACGUUGAGGAGGCAGCUCAGCAACCGGUUUAUCAAAUUCGACCGCAUCUUCAUGAAAAGUUUAAACCUCUAAGUGCAAAAGAAAUAAUACAUGACGUGCUGUUCGAUCAACUCGCUACGAAAACGUAUGACGCCCAGGCAGCUGCUCAAUGGACCAAAGAUAUUGCGGAUAUUAUUGAAAGAAAGAUCAAAGACUUACAAUUUAAGAGAUAUAAAUAUAUUGUCAAUGUGGUUUUGGGACAACAACACGGUGCUGGUGUAAAAAUAGGUUCAAGAUGUAUUUGGGAUGCAGAAGCUGAUACAUAUGCCUAUGAUAGUUUCAUUAACGAUACUAUAUUUUGCGUGGCUAUAGUAUAUGCAAUUUAUUUCUAUUAAAAGGCAUUUUUCUGGAAAUAAACUGUAUAUAGACAAAGCACAUGAAUGAAAAGUACUAUUUAGAAACAUCAGUGAAUUUAUUAAAGUACAACUUAUUUUUAUCAUACAUUGAUACAUAUGCAAUGAAAUGUUAUAUGUCACGAAAUGACACCAUUUUUACAUAUAAUUACAAAUAAUAUUGAAGAUCCAUAUACAAUGUUAUGUGCAUGA